AUGUCUACCUCACCCCCACAACCGACUCAAUCGGCCAAGCGCCCUCUUGAAGAACCCUCCUCGCCCUCCCGAGCGACGGACCAGCCCGAGGCCAAGCGACCAGCCCUGGACAAGACGUCCAAGAGCGAUGAAGAGACGGAAAAGCUGGACCUCCCGCCUGAGCUGCCUGUUGAGUCCGAGGAGGAACAAAACGGCGAGGACAAUGCCAAUGCCAAUGGCGUCGCCGGUACCGAGUCAUCUGUCACCGCAACCGAGACGGGCACCGACGUCAAGGCCACCCCCACUGUAGCAAUCUCGACGGCAUCUUCCUCCGCCGUGGCCGCCUCGGCUGCCGCUCACGACGAGAGCUCAUGGAUCCAUAUUCGAGCAGUCAUCUCUAGUCCGGAGGCUGCCACCAUCAUCGGCAAGGGCGGUGAGAACGUGUCCAACAUUCGGAAAAUGUCCAAUGCCAAGUGUACCGUCAGCGACUAUCAAAAGGGGGCCGUCGAGCGUAUUUUGACAGUUAGUGGCAUCGUUGAUGCAGUUGCCAAGGCCUUUGGUUUGAUUAUCCGAACACUGAACAACGAGCCCCUCACCGAGGCGUCCACUGCCUCUUCCAAGACCUAUCCCCUCCGCCUCUUGAUCCCCCACAUCCUGAUCGGUUCCAUCAUUGGCAAAGGCGGUUCUCGUAUCCGAGAGAUCCAGGAGGCCUCUGGCGCGCGGCUCAAUGCUUCGGACUCUUGCCUCCCCAUGUCGAGCGAGCGCUCCCUCGUGGUGAUGGGCGUUGCCGACGCCGUGCACAUCGCGACGUACUAUGUCGGCAGCACUCUGCUCGAGCAGCUCAACGAGCGAUUCGGCGGACCGGCCGCGUCCGCAUAUGCGACCAGGAGCGGUGCUCCCGUGGGAUCCAUUCCCGGCGGAAUGCAGGUCGUGCCCUACAGCCCGCAGCCGGCAUCGGGACACUACGGGCGUGCGGAGAACUACGGCCGGCACCAGGAACGCCGACCUCACCACAUGCCUCCGGCGCCGUAUCCCCAGCCGUACGCCCACGGCGCCCCUCACGGCACCCCGGCCAUGCCCAUGCAGUACGGAGCGGGCCAGCCUGCCGCCUAUGGAGCGGCCGCGCCUCACGUGCAGCCUCACAUGGCGCCUCACACCGGUCCCCAGGCGCACGGUGCCCCCCAGGGCCAGCCCAUGCACGCCGGCAUGCCCGGCGGCCCCAUCACGCAGCAAAUCUACAUCCCCAACGACAUGGUUGGCGCCAUCAUCGGCAAGGGCGGACAAAAGAUCAACGAGAUACGGCAGAUGAGCGGCAGCGUGAUUAAGAUUAACGAGCCUCAGGACAACAGCAACGAACGGCUAGUGACGAUUACGGGCACGGAAGAGUGCAAUCGCAUGGCGCUUUACAUGCUGUACUCUCGACUUGAAUCGGAAAAGCACCGCGUUUAACCACUUACAGCGGCGACGAUGGACGAGGCAAGCCGAUGCAAGACGAGGCAAGGAAAAUUGGGUUGGGAUCAACUGACGCACUAUGUAACGCGCUGAGAGGUGGGGGGGUCAAUGGCCAUUGCGGUAUGGCAGCAACGGAUACUUGAAACUUUUCUAUUUUUUUUCCUCUCUUGUUCUCGAUUUCUUUUAUCUCUAUUCUGAUUUCAUUUCGCUCUUGUCUCCUCAGUCAUUUCUUUGGCAGUCUAGAAAUGGAACUUCUCUAUCGUG